AUGCUCGCGCGGUUGCUGCUCGUGCUGCUCCUCCUGCGCGCCGCUUGCUGCUAUCAGGAUCGGCAUGGCGGCCGCCAUUACCGGCGGUGGAGCAGCAGGAGGGAGCUGCACGAGCCGCUGUUCCCUCUGGAGAACACGCCUGCGCUGCCGCCGCCGCCGCCGGCGCCGUUCUUCCCGUUCUUGCCUGACUCCGCGCCGCCGGUGACCACGCCCGCCCCCGCCGGCGCCGGUGCCGGAGAUGGUGGCGGUGGUGGUGGUGGUGGUGCUACGGAUGCAGGCGCAGCCGGGGACGCGUCUUCGUCCUCGCCGCACCCCACGGCGCCGGCGAACAUCUCCUACAUGGCUAUGCCCAUCUACCACUCCGCGCCGCUCCGCUCCUUCCUGUCGUCGCACCGCCUCCUCACCGUCCUCCUCCCGGUCGCCGCCGUCCUCGCCGCCGUGCUAGCCGCGGCUCUCGUCUACCUCCUCGCGCGCCACCGCCGCCGCCGCCCGAACGAAGAACCCCCGGUGCAUACCAAGACCGUGCUGCUUUCCCCGGGCAACUCCACGCUCUACGACGGCGACCACCAUGGCCGGGGGUCGACUGCCACGGUCUCCAGCGCCAGCUCGCCGGAGCUCCGGCCGAUGCCGCCUCUACCCAGGCAGUUCCAGCAGACAACGAUGAGCAUGCCAUCGACUUCGAAAACCUUUCUUGAAGCCGGAGAAGAAGACAGGCGAGCGCCGCCGUCGCCGCCGCCACAGAGUGGUCCACCUCCACCGCCGCCACCACCUCCUCCUCCGCCGCCGCCCAUGCCACCGAGGACAGACAACAACACCGCACAAGCAGCGCCUCCGGCGCCGCCACCGCCAUUGCCGCGAGCCGGCAACGGCAGCGGCUGGCUACCGCGCCGGCACUCCGAGCGCACCGCGCCGACGGUGAUCAGGGCCUCGGCCGGGGCAGUCCACCCGGAGGAGUCGCCGGCGCGCGCGCCGCCGGAAGAGAAGGGCGCCGCCGACGCGGCUGCCCGGCCAAAGCUGAAGCCGCUGCACUGGGACAAGGUGCGGGCGAGCUCCGGCCGGCCGACGGUGUGGGACCAGCUCAAGGCGAGCUCAUUCCGAGUGAACGAAGAGAUGAUCGAGACGCUGUUCGUCUCCAACUCGACCAGGAGAGCAUCCAAGAAUGGAGUCAGGGAUGCAAAUGCAGCUUGCCCCAAUCAGGAGAACAAGGUGCUGGACCCAAAGAAGUCGCAGAACAUCGCGAUCAUGCUGAGAGCGCUCGACGCGACAAAGGAAGAAGUGUGCAAGGCUCUCCUGGAUGGACAAGCAGAGAGCCUUGGAACUGAGCUGCUGGAGACACUUCUAAAGAUGGCUCCUAGCACAGAUGAAGAGAUCAAGCUGAAGGAAUUCAGGGAGGAUGCUGUAUCUAAGCUCGGCCCAGCCGAAAGUUUCCUCAAGGCAGUGCUUGCGAUACCUUUUGCAUUCAAGAGGAUCGAAGCAAUGCUCUACAUCGCUAACUUUGAUCCAGAGGUCGACUACCUCAAGACCUCCUUCAAAACUCUUGAGGCAGCAUGUGAAGAGCUAAGGGGCAGCAGGUUGUUUCACAAGAUCUUAGAUGCAGUGCUGAAGACUGGUAACCGCAUGAACACCGGCACCAACCGAGGGAAUGCAAGCGCCUUCAAGCUUGACGCCCUCCUCAAGUUAGUCGAUGUAAAGGGGGCAGAUGGCAAGACAACCCUUCUGCACUUUGUCGUUGAAGAGAUUAUCAAGUCUGAAGGCGCCAGCAUCUUGGCCACUGGCCAAACAUCCAACCAGGGGAGUGCCAUUGCAGAUGGUUUCCAGUGCAAGAAGGUUGGCCUCAGAAUUGUCGCUAGCCUUGGCGGCGAGCUCAGCAAUGUCAAGAAGGCAGCUGGGAUGGACUCCGACACGCUGGCCAGCUGCGUUGCCAAGCUCUCCGCUGGUGUUUGCAAGAUCAGCGAGGCCCUGCAGCUGAACCAACAGCUGGGUUCUGAUGAUCGCUGCAAGAGAUUCCGGGCCUCCAUUGGUGAGUUCCUGCAGAAGGCUGAAGCUGAGAUCACUGCAGUGCAGGCUCAGGAGAGCCUUGCCCUCUCCCUCGUCAGGGAGACGACCGAGUUCUUCCAUGGCGACUCGGCGAAGGAGGAAGGCCACCCUCUGAGGAUCUUCAUGGUGGUACGGGACUUCCUCACCGUUCUUGAUCAUGUCUGCAAGGAUGUGGGCAGGAUGAAUGAAAGGACGGCAAUCGGUUCUUCGCGACGGCUGGAGAAUGCACCUGUUCUUGCAAGGUUCAACGCAGUUCAACCCAGUAGCUCCGAGGAGGAGAGCUCAUCGUCCUAGCCGUUGGAACCUGCAUGAUAUUGUCUGAAGAAAAAGCAAUGCAGGCUAGCACUUAGAAUCAUAUAAGUAUUUUGUAACUGUAGCAGAUAAGUGUAGAUCAAAGUCUAUAUAUGUACUACUACAUGAUUCAGCAUGCUAAGCAUCAUCCAGCCAAUGGCCUACCAAAGGUGAAAGUGGCAUUGUACAUGAUUCAGCAUGCUAAGAAUCACUAGACAGUAGCUUUUGUGAUCAUGCUGAAGCUGAAUGCUUGAGUCUCAUGAUAAAAGUAAAGUACCAGCUAGCAAUAGACCCCCAUUU